CCACGCUUACUUAUAUGGCUUACUUUAUCGGAUAAUUCUACGAUCAUAUAACUAUAGUCUUAAUAGCACAAAAAUGUUCGAGAUCUACAGACCAACAGCGGGACCGUUUAAGGGCCCCAUAAUUGCUGACACCAGACAAAUGGCCAUAAUAACGCUAGCCAAGCAGAUUUUAUUAAAAACUUAAAACGCUGUAUUGUCUAUGAUAUGUACCAACGUUUUGAAAGAAUCCGUCACGGAUUCGUAAACAAAUUUUGUUAUUCUUUAACAUUUUACACGAUUUUCAAUGGGCCUCAUUUAUUUUUAUAUUGUAAAUAAACCGUAAUGAGUGACGAAGAUGAUCUUAACGCAUCUAUUGCACAUAUUCUAUUGUGUUGUGUCGCCGGCAAUGGCCUGGGUCGAACGCAUCCUAAAAGCUUCACACAUCCGGGCAUGCAUGCCAACUUCUUCGUACACGGAGUCGUUGGAUUUCUGCACUUCCAAAGUACAAAAUUCAACAACGAUUUCAAAGGAGCCUACAGAAUCAGUUUGGCUGCAUCUCGAUACCUAGCCUUGCCCUGCCUGAACGCAGAUAUACAGCGGAACGACCAGAACAUGAGCAGUAUCCAUCUUCUUUCCGGCCUUAUACCCUUCACACUAGCCCUGGCAGGAUGCGAUAACCGGCAUCUAGGCAAUCUGUGCAUAGCUUGCAACAUUGUAUCCCUGUGUGUCUACUCCCACGAGCAAAGCAGAACUUGGGGCUGGUAUACUGCAGGUGGUGGAGUCCUGGCCUACUUUAUAACGACAGCGGUUGCCAGGAAGGUGUCUUAUCCUCUGUGCUUGGCGCUCAUGGACUUCUGCGCGUGUCAACUAUUUACUGUACACUUUUCAGGACCUGGCACAAUAUAAACUUUAUGAAUA